AGACGAGGAGUUUUGCGGCCCUUUCGGGGAGAUGGCUUCCAUGGGCGAUGUGUGCGCUGACAGGGUCAGGGGCUCGUAUGUAGGCACGAGCCGAACAGAGGCGCGGGUGACGACUCCUACUCUGACGAGACGAGAGUCGUCCAUGCCGCCACCUUCUGCUCCUAGUUUUGCACCAGCAUCGCCCGUCUCACCACCUGAGCCGGCCACGGCAACAGCGGACACAGAGGAGUUGGCGUCCUCCUUGGCUCAACACGGACUUCUCCGCAGAGGCGGGGCGAUCCACCAGCUAAGGUUACGAUCACCUUCCUUGAGGAUCUUGCAGGAGGAGGGGGAGGUGGCAGCAGCAGCAGCAGCAGCAGCAGCAACGGCGACGGUGGAGGAGAUAGCAGCAGCAACAGUGGAGGGGGAGGUGGCAACAGCAGUGGAGGAGAAGAUAGCACCAGCGGCGGCAGUGGAGGAGAUAGCAGCAGCGGUGGUGGAGGAGAUAGCAGCAGCAGGAGCAACAGCAACAGUGGAGGAGGAGGUGGCAGCAACAGUGGAGGAGGAGGGGGCACUGUCAGCAGCUGCAGUGGAAAGGGGAGGUGGCAGUCCACGACGAGGAGAUAGCCGCAGAGGCGGAGAUCUUGAGGAUCUGCAGGAUCUUGCAUCGGGUGAUGGAGCUGGUGCAUCGGGGGAGCCCGACACGUCAUCGGCAGUGGGAGAUGGUGGCCGUGACACAGGUUCAACAGGGGUGCAAGGCGGUGGUGUCGGUUAUGAUUCGACAUCUGUUCAACGGCGGGAGAGGGCAGAUUUUGUUGCCUAUGCAGCCGCUUCGGAUUCCAGGGGGCCUGACCUCCCGUCGAAGAUUGUUGAGCACAUGCGGGGUCCCGUUCUGGCUGUCGCUCGCCCUCCGCGACCUCCAUCGGGUGCGCAGCAGUCGUCCAUGACCAGUUACGUAGUGGAUGAGCUGCAGAAGGAGUUCGACCAGGGGGUUGCUUCGUUCUUCUUUGAGAAUGUCAUCACCUUCAAUGCCGCGCGGUCAGACUCGUACAAGAACUUGGAAAGGAUCUUGAACCUGGCAGCAAGGUCGAGGAAGAUUUUGCGAAUGCCGGGGUACAACUACUUGAGGACGAAGGCCCUGCCCGCGGAGUACAAGGUGGUGGACAAUGAUUUGGACAACAUCCGAGAGGUGUGGGAUGUCACAGGCCUCACCUUAAUGACGGAUGGUACAACAACGACCAGCAACAGGCCGGUCAUGAACUUCAUUGCAGCUGGCGAUUCAGGGGCGGUCAUGGUGAAGAGUGUGGACAUGGAGGGGAAGGACAAGUCGACUCCGGCUUUGGCGAGGAUGUGGGAGGAGGUCAUAAGGGAGUUGGGGGUGCAUAGGGUCAACGCCAUCUGCACCGACUCAGCACAGGUCGACAUUGCUGCCAGGAAGAUUUUGAAUGAGCACGAGGACCCUGCGAUAAGUAGCAUUCCAUGGGUGCCGUGCGCAUGCCAUGUGUGCAACUUGCUCAUGUCUGACAUGCUUCGGUGUCAUGGGUCGGGGAGAUCGAAGAGCACCAGAUUCGACGUGCGGGAGAUUCAGGAGGAGGGGGCGGAUGAUGGGGCAUGGCUCCUUGAUCUUUCCUACCACCCUCACCGUCUCGCGGAUGACGACCACGGGAAGACCGCUGCUGCUAUUGAUGAGGAGGAGGACGACAGAGACUACAGCGAUGGUGAUGAUGAGUUAGUCGAAGUGCAGCUCACAGACAAGCGGUUUGGCAGGCGGUCGGGCGGCGGGUCAUGUUCCGCAACACAUGUCGACAUCACGCCGCUGGCUGACCCUGCAUCCAGUGGCCCUUCGACGGUUGCUACGGUGUCAUUGAUGGGCGACACUGGUGCCCGUACACGACUGCGCAGCUGCGCAGCCGGUGGUGUGGCUUCAGUUCAUGGCACCAGCACAGUCUUGGGCGCGCAACACACUCCUCACCGGCGACCUGCGGUCGAGGAACCACCCACAGGGCGGGGGGCGACAAACGGGGGAUCGGCGGAUGUUGACGGGGACAAUGCUGCUGCGGGGGAUGUUCGAAACUUUGGUGUGUCUACGAAAGUCCCAGUUCCUGGCGCUGCUGAACGUGAGGAUGGAGACAUCGGUGCGGACAAGGACCACCCGGUCCCUGGAGCAGCGGAGGGCACCCAGUGUACCGGCGACGAUGUGUUCUCCACUCCGGACCCGGGGUUGCCGCUGGCUGACGGAUUCGCCUCCCUAUUGCACCUCGUGGCCCCCAUUGUUGCAAGAGGUUCCAAGAAAGACUUCGGGGAACACCUGGUUGCAAUGUCCCCCAUGAGGAGUGAUUCCGAGGGACAGACUCCGGACUGGGCCAGAGUCACUGGACAGACUCCGGAUUGCGCCAGAUUCACUGGACCGACCCCUCCCAAUCAGUUGUUGAGCAAGGAUAUUCCCACGGAGGCCGGGGACGGAUCGCAGGGCAUAAUGUACAAGAGGAGGGUCCGAGCUGCUAGACUUGAUCACCCACAAGAUGCAGCUGCAGAACGUGAGUCAUCGUCGCCGCCUGAAAUCAACGUGAGCUUGGUGCGCCAAGUGAAGAGUUUGGCGGGCAGAAAGAAAGGAGGGAAGAACAAGCCGAAGGAGACAGCGGAACCGUCGAGCCGAGGCAGACGAGGCAAGGGACACAAGACAGCCACACCGCCAGGGACCUUGCAAGAGAAGCGUGCUGUUGUUCGGCAGACAAAGAAGAGGAAGGCACAGAAAGUUUAGAAGAAAGCCAGUGCGAAGAGGAGGAAGUGUGUGCACGAGGACGAUGAGUCCGCAAGCAGCAGCACUGCGUCUUCCGCAGAGGAAAUGAAAGUGCGAUCGAGUG